GGAUUCUGUUUCGUGUUUCGGGCCAAAGCCAAACAUUAUCAUUUUCAUUUUCCUCAUCAAUAAAUAAAAAUAGCAACUAAAUAGAGCAAAAUUAACAGUACAUAAUAGUUGCUUGCACUGUACACAUUACCAAAACGUGAAAUAAAUUAAAAUAAAAAGUGUAAAGUGCAGUUAAGAUUGCAGCCGAGUCAAGCGCCAACCAAUUAUCAACGUUAAAAAGAAAAAAAAAAAAUCUCCCACAAUGUCUAACGAUAUUAUCCAAGGUGGCGGCAAUGGCAGCAACAACAACGCCAGCGACGGCAAGAUGUUCGGGUCAAAGGAUGAUGGGAACCAGAGUGCCAUUACGCCGGACCUGUUGAGCAAGUGGCGCGAGAAUUUCUACAGCGAACCCAAGAAUCUGCUUGCCCAGAACGUUUGCUCCCGUGUCGAUCCGUUCGAUGUGUGCCUGUCCCGCAAGACGCUGGAGACGACCAAUCAUGUGUUCAACUAUAAGGUGGAAACGGAGGGCAAACCGGUUACCAAUCAGCGCAGCUCCGGUCGCUGCUGGCUGUUUGCCGCCCUUAAUUGUAUACGCCUGCCCUUCAUGAAGAGCUACAAUCUGGAUGAGUUCGAGUUCUCGCAGGCGUUCCUCUUCUACUGGGACAAAAUCGAGCGUUGCAACUAUUUCCUCAACAACAUCGUGAAGACGGCAAAGCGCGGCGAAAAAGUCGACGGCCGUUUGGUGUCGUUCCUGUUGCUCGACCCAACCUCUGAUGGAGGCCAGUGGCACAUGCUGGUCAAUCUGAUAACCAAACAUGGUCUCAUGCCAAAGAAAUGCUUUCCGGAGAGCUUUAGCUGCGAGUCCAGCAUACGAAUGAAUGCCAUACUGAAGAGCAAGCUGCGCGAAUAUGCGAGGCACUUGCGUGUUCUGUUGGAGAAGCAGCCCAGUGAUGAGGAGAUCACCUGCAAGAUUCAAGAGCAAAUGUCGGAGAUCUACAAGGUGGUUGGCAUUUGCCUGGGCAUUCCCUCCGAGACGUUCACCUGGGAGUACUAUGAUAAGUCGAAGAACUAUCAGUCCAUUGGACCCAUCAGUUCGCUGGAGUUUUAUGAGCGCUAUGUGAAGCCGCAUUUCAAUGUCGAGGACAAGGUGUGCCUGGUCACUGAUCCACGUCCAACGAGCAGCUACGACCAGGUCUAUACGGUCGAUUGUCUGGGCAAUGUUGUCGGCGGUCGUCCGGUGCUCUACAACAAUCAAAAUGUCGAUCUCCUAUUGGCCAUGGUAACCAAAUCGCUGAAGGCUGGAGAAGCCGUCUGGUUUGGUUGCGAGGUUAGCAAGCGUUUCGCCUCCAAGCAAGGUAUCGAGGAUGUUGAUGUCCACGAUUUCAAGCUGGUCUUCGACAUUGACAUACAAACAACAUUUUCGAAGGCGGAUCGUCUCAUCUAUGGUGAAUCGGCCAUGACCCACGCCAUGGUAUUCACAGCCGUCUCUGUGGAUAAAAAUGGCGUUGCUCAAAAGUUGCGCGUGGAGAACUCCUGGGGCGAGGAUCGUGGCGAGAAGGGCUAUCUGGUCAUGUGCGCCGAUUGGUUUAGGGAGUUCGGCUUCGAGGUGGUCGUCGAUAAGAAAUAUGUGCCCGAAGAUGUGAUGCGCGUAUUCGACAUGGAUCCCAUUGUGCUGCCCGCCUGGGAUCCCAUGGGCACAUUGGCGCAAUAAGUCGCAUGGAAUGAAGCUUUAGAGGGGGACAAGCAUGGAAAUAAUAACAA